AUGCAAAAAAACCUUGUUUGGCAUGCAAAUGGAAGAAAGAGUGAUGGAUUGUUACGACGUGCAGCUGACUUACCUCAAUGGAAGAAAAUUGAUACUCUCUAUCCACAGUUUGGGAGUGAUCCAAGAAAUUUGUGGCUUGGUCUUGCAACAGAUGGGAUGAAUCCUUACGGUAAUUUAAGUAGCAAGCAUAGUUCGUGGCCUGUUUUGUCAAUCAUUUACAACUUGCCUUAUUGGUUGUCUAUGAAGAGAAAAUACAUGAUGUUAUCAAUGAUGAUAUCAGGACCAAAGCAACCAGGAAAUGAUAUUGAUGUUUACCUAACUCCAUUGAUAGAAGAUUUGAGAUUGUUGUGGGAAGAAGGAGUGGAGGUGUUUGAUGCACAUGGAAAUGACAAUUUCAAUCUGCGAGCUUUGUUGAAAAAGGCUUUCAAUGGAUGCCAAGAGGAUAAAAUUGCACCUCCACCUUUAACUGGAGAAGAAGUUUAUGAGCGAGUGUGUCAAGUCAAUGUCACAUUUGGAAAAAUACUAAAGAAACCUAUCAUGAAAAACAUAUGGAAGAAAAACUCAAUAUUCUUUCAACUUCCAUAUUGGGCCAAAUUAGAUGUCAAGCAUUUAAUUGAUGUAAUGCAUGUGGAAAAGAAUGUUUGUGAUAGUAUAAUUGGGCCAUUGCUUAACAUUAAAGGGAUAACAAAGGAUGAUGUAAAUUCUUGUAAAGAUCUAAUUGAGAUGGGUCUUCGCUUGGAGUUGCAACCACAAGCUUAUGUUAAAAGGACUUAUUUGCCUCCAGCAUGUCACACUUUGACAAAAGUCGAGAAGAAAACAUUUUGUGCAUGCCUCCGCGAAAUGAAACUACCACAAGGAUACUCUUCAAAUAUUAAGAGUCUCGUUUCAAUGGAAGAUUUGAAACUUGUUAGCUUGAAAUCUCAUGACUGCCAUGUUCUCAUGCAACAACUUCUCCUAGUGGCUAUUCGUGGUGUCUUACCUAAGAAUGUAAGACAAGCCAUCACUCGUCUUUGCAUAUUUUUUAAUAGUAUUUGUCAGAAAGUAAUUGAGCCAAACACAUUAAAUGAUUUGGAAAAUGAAGCUGUCAUGAUCUUAUGUCAACUAGAAAUGUAUUUUCCUCCUUCAUUUUUUGACAUCAUGGUCCACUUAAUAGUCCAUCUAGUAAGAGAGAUUAAAAUAUGUGGCCCUGUGUUUUUAAGAUGGAUGUACCCAGUUGAGCGAUAUAUGAAGAUAUUGAAGGGAUAUGUGAAGAAUCCUUAUCGACCAGAAGCAUCUAUUAUUGAGAGAUAUAUUGCUGAGGAAGCAAUUGAGUUUUUUACAAAAUAUUAUUUAGAUGUCGAAGUCAUUGGCAUUCCAAAGUUAGGACAUGAAGGAAGAAAUGAAGGUAAAGGCACACGGGGUGUAAAGGUUGUUCGAAAAGAUCAACAUGAAGUCCUCCAGGCACAUUUCUAUAUAUUGAAUAAUACUGAUGAUGUUAUCCCUUACAUUGACUCACAUAAAAGCUUGUUGAAGUCAAUGAAUCCUCGGGAAAAGAGAAAGAAAGCUCAAGCUAUCCAACAAAAAAAUGCUACUCCUUACAGACUUUCUCGAGGAGGAUAUGACUUAUUGGAAAAGAGAAUGAUGGAAGAGAAGUUAAAGAAACAAACGGACAUAGCUGCUGCUGAAGAAGUUCCUUCUCCUCCAUCUCCUCCUAGCCGACAUGAGAAAUGGAAGAUGGCUCGUACAAAAGCAGGAGGACUAAUGACAUUUGAGAAAUCAAUGAUGAUUGCUAAAAGAAUUAUAAGUUACAAUGGAGAUGGUGUAGCAAUUAUUUAUUGUAAUUUGUAUUAUAAGUGA